UGAUGCCGAUCCAUCAGCCCUAGCAAAAUAUGUUUUGGCUUUGGUAAAGAAAGACAAAAGUGAAAAGGAACUAAAGGCAUUAUGUAUUGAUCAGCUUGAUGUAUUUCUUCAGAAAGAGACACAGAUAUUUGUGGAGAAGCUUUUUGAUGCUGUGAAUACAAAGAGUUAUCUACCUCCUCCAGAGCAACCAUCGUCAGGAAGCCUGAAGGUAGACUUUCUUCAGCACCAAGAAAAAGAUAUAAAAAAAGAAGAGCUCACAAAGGAGGAAGAGCGAGAGAAGAAGUUUUCCAGAAGGCUGAAUCAUAGUCCUCCCCAGUCAAGCUCCCGCUACAGAGACAACAGAAGCCGCGAUGAGAGGAAAAAAGACGAUCGUUCUCGCAAAAGAGAUUAUGAUCGAAAUCCUCCUCGAAGAGAUUCAUACAGAGACCGGUAUAACAGAAGGCGAGGGAGAAGUCGCAGUUACAGCAGGAGUCGCAGCCGAAGUUGGAGUAAAGAGCGGCUUCGUGACCGGGACAGAGAUAGAAGCAGGACGAGGAGCAGAAGUCGGACACGAAGCCGGGAAAGGGAUCUGGUGAAACCUAAAUAUGACCUGGACAGAACAGAUCCAUUAGAAAAUAAUUAUACACCAGUCUCUUCAGUGUCUAAUAUUUCAUCUGGCCACUAUCCUGUACCUACUUUGAGCAGCACCAUUACUGUAAUUGCUCCUACUCAUCAUGGUAAUAACACUACCGAAAGUUGGUCUGAAUUUCAUGAAGACCAGGUAGAUCACAACUCUUAUGUGAGGCCACCAAUGCCAAAGAAACGGUGUAGAGAUUAUGAUGAAAAGGGGUUUUGUAUGAGAGGAGACAUGUGUCCUUUUGAUCAUGGAAGUGAUCCAGUAGUGGUAGAAGAUGUGAACCUGCCUGGGAUGUUGCCUUUUCCAGCGCAGCCGCCUGUUGUUGAAGGACCACCUCCUCCUGGGCUGCCUCCACCUCCUCCAAUUCUUACACCCCCCCCUGUGAAUCUCAGACCCCCAGUGCCACCACCAGGUCCAUUACCACCCAGUCUGCCACCUGUCACAGAUGAUAUUUCUUAUUCUUUGGUUUUGACAGGACCACCUCCUCCACUUCCUCCUUUACAGCCAUCUGGCAUGGAUGCUCCACCUAACUCUGCAACCAGCUCUGUCCCCACUGUAGUAACAACCGGCAUUCAUCACCAGCCUCCUCCUGCUCCACCCUCUCUCUUUACUGCAGUUUUUGUGUUACCAGAUACAUAUGAUACAGAUGGCUACAAUCCUGAAGCACCAAGCAUAACAAACACUUCCAGACCUAUGUAUAGACACAGAGUGCAUGCGCAAAGGCCUAACUUGAUAGGACUAACAUCAGGGGAUAUGGAUUUGCCACCCAGAGAAAAGCCUCCUAAUAAAAGCAGUAUGAGGAUAGUAGUGGAUUCAGAAUCAAGGAAAAGAACCAUUGGGUCUGGAGAACCAGGAGUUUCUACAAAGAAGACAUGGUUUGAUAAACCUAAUUUUAAUAGGACAAACAGCCCAGGUUUCCAGAAGAAGGUUCAGUUUGGAAACGAAAAUACUAAACUUGAACUUAGGAAAGUUCCUCCGGAAUUAAAUAAUAUCAGCAAACUUAAUGAACAUUUUAGUAGAUUUGGAACAUUGGUUAACUUACAGGUUGCCUAUAAUGGUGAUCCUGAAGGUGCCCUUAUCCAAUUUGCAACGUACGAAGAGGCAAAGAAAGCAAUCUCAAGUACAGAAGCAGUAUUAAAUAACCGCUUUAUUAAGGUUUACUGGCACAGAGAAGGAACUACUCAGCAGUUACAGACUACUUCACCAAAGGUAAUACAGCCGUUAGUUCAGCAGCCCAUUUUACCUGUUGUGAAACAAUCUGUCAAAGAGCGGUUGGGUCCUGUACCGUCAGUUACUGUUGAACCAGCAGAAGCUCAGAGUGCUACUUCAGACCUUCCCCAGAAUGUAACUAAGUUAUCUGUGAAGGACAGGUUGGGUUUUGUAUCAAAGCCAUCUGUUUCAGCAACUGAAAAGGUGUUGUCUACAUCUACUGGCCUUACAAAAACGGUGUAUAAUCCAGCUGCUUUGAAGGCUGCGCAGAAAUCUUUACUCGUUUCUACCCCUGCAGUUGAUAGUAAUGAAGCACAGAAAAAGAAACAGGAGGCACUGAAACUUCAGCAGGAUGUAAGAAAAAGGAAGCAAGAAAUUUUAGAAAAGCACAUUGAAACACAGAAGAUGCUAAUUUCAAAACUAGAGAAAAACAAAACAAUGAAGUCUGAAGAUAAAGCAGAAAUAAUGAAAACAUUAGAGGUUUUGACAAAAAAUAUUACUAAGUUGAAAGAUGAAGUCAAAGCUACAUCUCCUGGACGCUGUCUUCCAAAAAGUAUAAAAACGAAGACUCAGAUGCAGAAAGAAUUGCUUGACACAGAAUUGGAUUUAUAUAAGAAGAUGCAGGCUGGAGAAGAAGUCACAGAACUUAGGAGAAAGUAUACAGAAUUACAGUUGGAGGCUGCUAAAAGAGGAAUUCUUUCAUCUGGCCGAGGUAGAGGAAUUCAUCCAAGAGGUCGCGGUGCAGCUCAUGGCCGGGGCAGGGGUAGAGGUCGAGGACGAGGUGUUCCUGGACAUGCUGUGGUGGAUCACCGGCCCAGAGCCUUGGAGAUCUCCGCAUUUACAGAGAGUGACAGAGAAGAUCUUCUUCCUCAUUUCGCGCAAUAUGGAGAAAUUGAGGAUUGUCAGAUUGACGACUCAUCACUCCAUGCGAUAAUUACAUUCAAGACAAGAGCAGAAGCAGAAGCUGCUGCAAUUCAUGGAGCUCGUUUCAAGGGGCAGGAUUUAAAACUGGCGUGGAAUAAACCAAUAACCAAUAUUUCAGCUGUGGAAACGGAAGAAGUUGAACCUGAUGAAGAGGAAUUUCAGGAAGAGUCUUUGGUGGAUGACUCAUUACUUCAAGAUGAUGAUGAAGAAGAAGAGGACAAUGAAUCUCGUUCUUGGAGAAGAUGAUUUGACUGAUCACUGAUCUGCAUAUGCUAGGACUCUACCUGUGUUUCAUUAGUAUUAUCUAAUGUACUUUUACAUGUUUGUAAAAACAAUUUUUGGUAAAAUAUGAUGAAGAUGGAUUUCACAAAUAGAUAAAAGAGAAGAAAACUACCUUCUGAUCUUGUAUUUUAAAAGAUUGAUGUUUGCAUUUUAUUUCAGUAAACAAUUGCUAAAGACAUCACAAUAGAACAUAUGCAAUGUUUUUAUUACAUAAUUCUAUUGAACAUUACAGAAUUCUUUGGGUUAUUUGUAAAUUAAUGAAUAGAUUUGAAUACUUAUGACCCAGUUCUUGUCAUAACAUAGAAGAUUUUGUUUUACUCCAAAUAAGGAAUGAGUUUGCAUUUAAAACCUUAAUGAAUGUUUUAAAAAAUGAAUAGAUGACAUAGUACUCUAACUAAAGUCUCCAAGUUAUGUAUUCAUAAUAUUACAUAGUAGUAUGCUUAGGCUUUACUAUGUAUUAGCCGUUUGUUGGAUUUGUGUAUGUAUUUUAUCACAUGGGUGUUAAUGAUAAUGGUGUAUGACUGCUUUACAUAUGAGUCCUUAUGCAUCUGGAUGCUAAAAAUAAAGUGGAAUGGUCUUUUAAAAGAAAAGAAAAGAAAAAAAAGCAAUGAAAAAAAAUCCAUGACAAUGUUCCUUGAUUUAAAAAAAAAAGAAAAAGUAAAAAAAAAGAAAGAAAAAAGAAAAAAAAGAAAAAAAAGAGAAAAUGAAACAGACCAUUCCAGAUGAUGAUCUACCUUCCCCUGACUAUCAAAAGGAGCUAUAAUCAUAAAGUAAUAAUGGGUACUGGUACCUUUAUAAUGAUGUACAAUCCAAUGUCUAAAAUUGAUACCACUUCAGUUUGGUUUGAUCAUAUACAUUUUCAACAGAUGUCUUAAAAUUUAAAAGCAGGCUGAUUAGUUUGGAACCAGACUUCAAGUAGCGCUAACAUUUGGUGACUAAGACAACUUCAUAUUACAUUUUGGAUGUAUGAAAGAGAACUUGACCAUUUGAAGAUGUAUGAAUAAAGAAUGUACUAUAGAUACCUCUUUAGGAAAACACUGUUUGUAGUCGUGAAAGAUGCCAAAUUGGCAGAGGCUCACCUUUCUUCUCUUUACACCAAACAGCAGAGAGAGAACAUCACUGCCUGAAUUUAGCUUUGUGACGACAUGAGCAAGCCCUGUCCUGACCCAUCCUGUUGGAGAUGACUGUUAACAUCAUCAUCCUGUCAUUUGGGUUUGCCCUUUCCCAUCUGAAUAGCUGUUUAUGUUUACAUGUACUGUGAUGACCAUUUUACCUUUACAGUCUGUACAAGCACAUCUCGGUCCAGAGGUGUAUCAAAUAUGUGAUAUUUCUGACCUUAUUCAUAAAUGUUUUCUUUCCUUAUUUUAUAGCAGUUUAAUUUGUAAAAGACCUUAGGAAGGAACAAGGCCUUUUAGUUUCCUUAUGAAAUAUAGUCCAUCUCAGCCAAACUGAGAAUUGUGUCUGGUAAAUAUAAAGCCAUGAAAGCAUUAAUUGAACAGUUUAAAAUGAAGAAAAUGAAUUAAAAAAGUUAAACAUAAGUUUGGCUUUAAUUUUUCUUAUUUUUGAGAUGUAUUUAUUGAAUUAGGAUUGCCACUAAAAUAAUUUUGAGACAACUAUACAGUACUUUUUACACAUUGUAAUUAAUUUGUCUGUUACUGUAAGUGUAAGUGUAUAAAUUGAUGUGAUUGCCAGGACCACUUACUUCAGUGAAAUUUUGUUGUUGUUCUACUCUUCAAAAACAAGGAAAAUAAUUUUAUUUCUUUUCAAGUAAUAAAUAAUGACCUAUGUGUUUUAAAAUUGUAUAUCUACUAAAUUUGUCUAAUUUAUACAAUUUUCAUCACUUAAAAUCAAGACAUCAAAGACAAUCUUACAAGCAAGGGGAAAUAGUGUUUAUUUUUAAAGCCUAGUUUUCAGCUGCUUUAAAAGUAUAUGUACUAAUAAUAAGCACUAUAGCUUAAACUUAGAACGUUCUCAUCCUAAAUAUUAACAAAACCCUUUUUAUAGCACACCAAUUUUUUUUUACUAAUUGUUUUGAGUAUUCAUCAUCAGAUUCUUAGAGGUAUUUGAGAAAUCUAGUAUCAUAGCUACUCUUUAGUAAAACCAAAUUAUAUUGAUUCUGCUUUUUUUUAAAGUUCUAUUCAGUUAUACUUUAUUAUACAAAGCUGAUAUCCUACAAACACUUUUUCCCUCUUGAGUAUGUAUUGUGAUUGUCUUCAUGAAUAAUAAUAUGUAACAAACUCAUUAGUCAUGUUAUAAAUUGUCUAUCUUGAUCCACAUUGAUUAUACAUGCAUGGUUAAAGGUAAAGCAUGUAUUUUAGGUAAUUAUUACAUAAUAGCCUACAAGGCAUUUUGUUUCGUUACCCCUCUCUCCUCACACACUUUUUUGUUACUCUUUUCCACAAAUUAUUAGAUAUCCAUUAGGAAUUCAUACCAGAAUAAUUGAUAUUUUUUAUUUUCAAAGAAGUCUUUAUAGUGGUAGUGUUGUGGAUGCUUAAGUUAGAGCCAAAGAACAUGUCCGAACAGACUAUACCUGCCAGUAACUCUUUGAUGGUUUCAUUGGUGAGUGCUACAUACUGUUACCUUAAAUUUAUUUGGCUAUUACUUUUUCUUUUUGCUAUUGAAUCAAAAAGCAAAACAAAGUGGAAUGUGCCCUUGGGAAUGAAAAGUCAAGUUGACAUCUCCUUAACAUCAGUGGGUUUUUUUUGAAAAUUGUUGUGAGAGUCAGUUGGUCAGUUAUACUUAAAUCCUUAAACAUUGGUUACUAGAGAUUUGCUUUUAACUUUUUUUUUUUGAAUAAACUCGUCAUGGAGUGAUUUGUACAUAACUGUAUAGAAUUGUUCUUUUUUUGUGUGUAGUUGAAUGGAGCAGUUUACCUCUGCAUGACUGCAUUAUGGAAGCCUUUUAUAUAUCUUUAUAUUUUUCAAUAUACUUAGAUUUUACACUAUUGUCGCUCUAGCCAUGCUAUAUUUGUUUUUUUUAAUAGAAUUUAUAAAUAUUUAUGCUCAAAAUACAGAUCAAUUAAAUAUUUUUGGUCUUGUUUACAAGAUAAUACUUUAAAGUGAUACAGUCCCCUCAAGUGUCUUAGGAAACAGUCAUUGGUGCUAUAAAACCUUUUCGUGUCAUUGAAUCUGUUGUCUAGUCUUUGUUAGGCUUUACUCUAUUAUCGCUUACAAUAA